UUUCACAUUCCAGUUAUGCUUGAAUGAAGUCCAUUAUAUCAAAAAAUCCUAUUGAGGCUAUUUUUGUCUAUAUCACAAACAUCAUGGCAGAAGUUAUGCUUGCAUGAAGUCCUUUAUAUAAAAAGAUACUAUUUCUGUUUAUAUCAAAAACAUUAUGGCAGAAGGUGGAUUACCUAAAACUGAUGAUAAUGACCCCUACCAUUUAUAUACUAUUACAAAAACAUCGUCCUUAUCAAUUACCAUCAGAUUUUUAAGCCAGGACAUUUACUCAAAAUUUGAACGCAUAAUUUUCCAACAAUAUGACAAAUCUCUAUUUCAACCAAAAGGCAAAGGAGGCCAAAACGGAAUGGUCUAUAGCUUUCCAUAUAAAAGGAACAGUGUAACCAUUACUCUAUAUAAAUCAACUUCAAAACUACUUAUACAAGGAACAGGAUGUCAACAAUGGUUUGAUGGAGAAUUUCUUAAAUUCGCGAAACAACUGCGUAUAGAGUAAUCAUCUCAUGCAAUCCAGGAUCCUCCUUGUACUUAUAUGGAUAUCCCAAUUUCUAUCACUUUCAUGCCAGUAGAUAUCGGAAUUCAGAUUUGCAUUAGAAGGAUUCCAGAUCCUAUUAAAUUUUAAUUUGUACUGUAACAUAUACACCAAUAAGACACAUUAGUUUGAUUCAGAAUCCACAUUCACCAACCAGUACUGCAUCAUGUCAACACGAGGGACAGAGACAACAGAUUCAACAGCAGCCACCCUAUUCCCAAGAACAACCAAUCAGUAAUGUAACAUCACAGCCAUCAGCAUCAAUGACUUCCCAGCAACAAGAAAACCCAAUAGAUCUACAACUGACAACUUACAAAACACCUGCAGUAACAGGUUCAGAGACACUUGUAUCAAUAGAAGAAUUUAAAAGUAUAUUUGCAAUUCCAUAUAAGUACAGAAAUAAAAAAGAACCCUGGCCACAUACAGUAACUCUUCUGUAUAAAUACAGCUCAAACGCAAACACUAAAUAUGAGGACAUUCCAGAGAACACUUGGAAAAGGAUAGACAAUGAUCCAAUGAUAAGAGAUUACAAGGGAGAACAUGCUGAAUCUAUUAUGAUAAAACAAUUGAUGGAAAUUCAGAAUCACCUGAAAAAACAGAAAGAUUACAAUAGAGGAAGUUAUAAAGGCAUACACACUAUAGAUGUUAUUCUAAGCUUUUCACCUUGUAAUAAACACCCUCAUUGUUGUUCCACUAAAUUAUGUGAUUUCAAGGCCAGUCUGGAGAAUGACAUACGCUCUGCUGUAGAUUCAUCCAAUGGUACAACUGUUGAAACAGCAGAUGAUUUGAAUAAGAAAAUGUCAAAUUUAAAUAUGGAAGGAAAAGAAAAAGAAGUGGCUGAGAAAAUGCCAAAUUCAAAUAUAGAAGGAAAAGAAAAAGAAGGGGCAAAAAUAGAGAUGAACAUUCAGUUUUCAAACUUCUAUCUGGAUAAUGUUUCGGAAAAUAGAGAGGGUUUGAAAAAUCUCCGGCAAAAAGGUAUAAAACUUGAUGUCCUGACUGGUGAUAAAUGGAUUUACUUUUACAGAGCUAUUGGAUUUGAGUUACCUGAAGGACGAGAAGAGCGAGAAAAAGAUGAUGAAGCCAAAUUUAAAGAAUUAAUUUGAAUUAUGCAGACUAGAUGAACAAUGAUGGAUAUAUAUGUCCUUUUUCUCUUGACAAGAUACAACUUUAUAUUUUUCAUUAAUCUAUUAUUUAAACAUUUACCUGGUAAUUUAGGAAUGAUUCAUGCCAAACACAGAUACUUUUCUGAUUUUUUUGUCCUUUUCAAUUGGUUGAUGUGGUUGUUCAAAUGUAAGACAUAAUAGUAUCCUGCGAAAUAAUGUCUGCCUGGGCAGUUUUUCACAGAACUAAAUAUUAAAUAAUGUCCAUUGCCAUGAAAUUUUGUCUCAUAAGUGGACAGAAUUUUUCAGCAACAGUUAUAAAUAAACAAAUGAGAUGUGGUUUAAUUGCCAUUAAGACAAUCUAUCACAAAAAACCAAAUGACUUGAAUGUAUGAAACUACAGGGGACUGUGUAUAGACUGCAACACAAAACAAAACACAUACAUAAUACUUUGCAAUUAAAGGCCUAGAAAUGUUGAAAUGUGAAGCAAUUUAAACCACUGACUUGAAUAAUAAUAAAACAAUAAACGACAGACAGCAACAAACAACAACAACUGAAUUACAGGCUCUUAAGUCAGGUUGUUAUCUUUUUGAGACAUCCCCUGUUUCUGAAAGGAUGCCAGCAGCUCUUAAAGCAAUGGAAGAAGACUUGAGCAAAAAUGAACUGCUUUAAUCAGUUAAAGAAAAAAAUGAACAAAUAUUUUAAAACUAACAACUGAUUACAAAAUUAUGUAAAGCCUGACAAGAUAAUUCUCCAUCAUACUGAAUGAUUGGUAGCUUUAGCAGUGACAAACACUACUUGGAAAAAGUUACUAAUUAAAAAAUUAACUUGAAAAAAUUGAAUUGAAAGUAAUUGUUGUGGUGUAAUUUUUCACUCUAUCAUAAUGUUAAUUAUUAAAAAAGUAUAAAAAUAAUAAAUAUGUAAGUAUUUGCAUGCAUAUUAAUCAAUUGUAAACAGCCAAAAUAUAUUUAUCAAACUGUAAUCAUAUAUUAUAUAUGUCUUGCCUGCUUUGCAGUUCUUGAAAUAAUGAUCCUAACUACAGGUAUGAUGAAAUAUACAAACUAACUGAAAAUGAAAAUGAGAGAUAUCAGAAAUUCUAAAAUAGACUUCUUCAUUCAAAUGCGGGAGCAAGACUUCCAGAAGGGCGUAAAAUAUCCCAGAAUCUCACACUGAAAUGGAGAUAAAGGGUUCUUUAUAUCAAAUAAAAUUGGCCUAUAA